UUUAGUUUUAGGAUUUCCUAUUAUUUGCUGCAUCACUUUCCUCUCUCUUCCUCUUGUGCAUCGUUACUGACGGCUUUUUCAGAUCGACAAAAUUUAGCAGAAGAAGAUUUGUGGUGAGAUAAUGGAAGAAUCCUCAAGAAGAUGGGAGGAUUUAGAUACUCAUAUUCUCAAGAAAAUAUUUUCCUUCAGUGACUCGCCUGGUAAUAUUUUAAGAGUGUGUCACUCGUGGCGAUUAUGCUGUUUUGAUAUUUUGUUUUGGGAGCACAAUGUGCUUGAUUUGAGUCCUCUAGUGGCUGCUCCGGGAAAAGUUGAUUCAUUUUCUGGAAGAUCAUUCAGACUUCGGCGUUUGAUUCCUAAAAAUGUCAGUUCAAUGGCAGGCUUUAAGCAUAUAGAUAAUAAAUUGAUGAAGCUAUUAGAGAGUAUACUGUACGGUAAAGAUGUGUUUGGCAUUUCUUUGGAGCAUUGGAGAUUGUCCAUAAGGAGUCUUUUCAUUCCAAAAGAUCUCGAGAUAUCAAACCAGCAUCUCCUUUACAUUGCAGAAAGAACACCAAGACUUGAAAGUUUAACUGUACUUGGGACAUCAAGAAUAACGAGCGGAGGUUUUGCAAAUGCAGUUUGUAAUUGGAAACAUGUUAAACACAUAAUUCUUGGUCAUAUCACCAGUAGUCAAUGCUUUACUUAUAUCUUAGAAGAGAUUGGCAGAGUCUGCCGUGAACUUAGAACACUAAAUGUACGUGGGCGCCUCCGUUUUCAGGCAAGUACAGCAUAUGAUGUAAGUAAGAAUCUGCCAGACGUGGAAAGACAGAAGUUCGAAGUUGCUUUCUUAAUUAGAAAGGUUAUGAAUCUUUUCUUGUCCAACUGCCCUAAGCUGGAGAAGAUUCUUUUUGAUGAUUGUUUUAUAGAUUACGAUUUUACCGAUUUACUUGAAUGGAGUCGUUUGAGUUUCGCCAUAAAAUUUGAUCAAAGGGAAAAGACAGGCGGUGGCAUUUUGCAGCUGGAAAUAAAGGCAUUGAACAGGGCACUGAAUCUUAUUUACUGGACAAGUUUAAACUAUGGAUGGAUGAACAACCGCCAUGGAUGGAACUUCAUUCGUGGGCUAUAUUUACACAAAUUAGCUAGUUUUCCAGCUCGAAGGGCCCCUGCUUCAGUUGAAAAAGCAAAUAAAUUAUCACUCGUACAACCAUCAAAUUUCACUAAAGAAAGAGACAAAGAAACAAUUACAUAAAGAUCUUGUCUGAGAUUCAAGAUGUAUCGGCACGAAAGUACUCUCUUGAUCAAAAAUAUCUAAGCUGAAGCUAUGAUUCUCUCUAAUUCAUUCAGUAGAAGCACAAGAUUGCGUGGGUACUUCAUUUGCAUCAUUAUCCUCCAGUAUACUGUUUAGCAGUAGCAUUAGUUUUAUAUCCGUGUGAUUGUAGUUUUC